AUGAACAGUGAGCCGGGAUUAUGGCUUAGACUCACUCAUCCACUGCAUUUGUACGAUGGUGUUGAGAAGCUAACUAUCCCUUUCAUGGCCGGAACUAUAACACAGUUAACACUUUGUUUCGUUUUGCUAGGUAUAUGUGCAUCAGAUCAUCUAUGUCCCAAUGUGGCUUAUUUGACAAAGAGUGGGAAUACAAGCAAAGGAGUGAUAGCAUCUAUUCUUUUAGCAUGGUGUAAUUCAUCUCCGGAUCUCUUCUCCAACUUGAUAUCCUGGCUUAAUUCAGAGUCACCUGCGACUUUGUCCUUGGGAGAAGUUUUAGGAUCGUGCGGGAUAAUUAUAUGCAUUAUCCAAGGGCUGUUGUUCUACUGUAUGAAGGAACAAUUGGACUUGACCAUUGUCCAACGGAAUUCGUUGGUGACGGACCUUUUAUUUGCAUUAUUAGCCAUGACUUGUGUAUUAUGGAUUGUAGUCGCCAAUUCCGUUACUUGGUAUGCCUCGUUUAUAAUGGUUGCCAUCUACGUUAUGUACGUAGUGUCAAAGAUGAAAUUGCAUGAUAGCUUGCAGGGUACUGAUGAUUCGAACAAAGACAAUAUCAUAGUAGGUAGCGGUCGAUUAGAAAAUGGGUUCACUAUGGACGGUAGCAUACGUCCGUCCUUGCUAGAAACGAUGGACUUAAAUAUAGUCAUUCAGAUGUUGGAGAAUGCGAAUAAUAAUACAGAGACGAUAUCAAUGAACACCGUUCGGCCGAACACUUUUAUAGGUUUGCAGUCUGGCCACAGUAAGAAUAAUAACAGACCUAUUACGGAACCUAAUCAACGUUUGGAUUUCAUUAGCAUUACCGGUCAUGAAAGAGCGCCUAUUUCUACCGCUCCUUCUCAGAAUCCAUUCAAGCCGUUCUUCGAUGAUGUCGAAUCCGUCGCAGAGAUCCCAGAUACAUCACCAGAACCACCACUGACAUACCAUGACACCAUAACAAAUUCCACCUUGAGGAUGAUGAAUAGUAUGCUUUAUACGCUUUUUCCUAAUCUUAAGAACUGGAGUUUGAAAACUUUACAAUCCAAAAUAAUAUCCGUCAUAUUGUCACCAAUGGUAAUGAUGCUUAGGUUAUGUGUUCCACAGUAUUCUGAAGAGACCCGUUUUAACUUCCUCAUUAUUUUACUGCAAGCAAUCCUAGCACCCACUGUGGGUAUGCUUGUCAUUGAGUCUUUAAUAGACGGUUCGGUAUCCUUAUGGUUUUGGUUCAUACCUGGAACCCUUGUGAUACUAUUCCUAGCUGGAUUAUUUUACUUGAGGUUCAAGAGACUAUUAUUUUUUGGAACCUCUUUGUACUCGGACUCAAAUAGCCAGAAUGAAAGUAACGAACUUGUCAUCAAAGUUUCGAAUUCUAUUGGUAUCAUCAACAGCAUUCUUUGCAUUUCGCUUUUAGCCAAUGUUCUUAUUGAAAUAAUAGAGCUUUACCAAAAACUAACCGGAAUAUCUAAAUCUUUAUUGGGGAUCACUCUUUUUGCAUGGGGCAAUUCGAUCAGUGACUUGAUGUCAAAUUUGGCGAUGUCUCAGUUAUAUCACAAACUACCGAUAGCAGAUUCUCAAAAGUCAGCAGUUGCCACCAGAUUUCUAUCAAUAUCACUAAGCGCAUGUGUAGGAGGUAUGCUACUCAACACGACAAUUGGUAUUGGACUAAGUUCAUUGAUUGCAAUGAUCUUCAGGUUCAGAACAAGCGCUGUCCCAGUCUCAUCAUCCAUCAACAUUCAGUUCCUACUGAGCAUAUCAAUUAUCUCUUUCACUAUCUUUGCAUCAAUAUUCGCUCUCACUCGACAUCUAGACCUUAUUCAACAGAAUGUUAAGAAAGUAGGUCUAGCUUUGUGUUCAACAUGGCUAGUAGCAACCUUUAUAAACAUAUUUAUAGAGGUGUUUCAGUGA